UAUGCAUAUUUCCUAACACCAAACCUAGCUGAAGGACCGAAAUGGUACUCGAUUAUCAAAUGCAUUGGUACAUUAAUUGCCUAGUUUGUGAACAAACAGUUAAACUUAUUUACAAAUAGGAUAACGAUUACAAAACAUGCCGAAUGGAUUAGAAUUUAUAUAAUCGGAUCACAUUGUUUGUUGACACAGACGACUAACGUUACUCGUGUCGGUCGGGAGAGAUUCUAUCAAAAUGGCACAAUUUACUUACAAGAUGGUGGUGAGGCCAUCCCAGUUGUUCCAUUGGGGACCUAUCAUCGCUCUCUCCGUCAUCUUUAUGAUAUCAUUCACUGGAAUGCGGUGCCUGUUGAUGUGGUGGCCUUUACACACGCCUGGAGGUAUACUACACCUGUGUGUUUACUGUAUGUGGAUGUUCCUUGUCCUUUAUAACUAUCUGCUGGCCGCCUUCAAAGGUCCAGGAUUUGUCCCCAAAGGAUGGAGACCGGACACUGAAGAAGAAGAAAGCUGUUUACAAUAUUGCGAUGUUUGUGAAGGCUUCAAAAGUCCCAGAUCUCAUCAUUGUAGGAAAUGUGAUCGGUGUGUGAUGAAGAUGGACCAUCAUUGUCCUUGGAUAAACAGCUGUUGUGGUCACUACAAUCAUGCUAACUUUGUCUACUUCCUAUUUUUCGCCCCACUAGGCUGCACUCAUGCAGGAAUUGUCCUUGUGAUCUCUACAUACAAGGCUCUUAACUGGCAAUACUACAUGUACUACACCAACGAUCCUAUUGUACAGCUGGGCUUCGUGGGAUUUAUCACUGCUAUGUUCGCUAUCGGCCUUGCCAUUGGUGUGUUUAUAGCUGUGGGCAUGUUAUUUGUCAUCCAGAUGAAAAGUAUAAUAAAGAAUGAGUCUGGCAUAGAGUCGUGGAUCAUAGAAAAGGCUUUAGACAGAGAGCGAGAACCGGAUGAAGGUGAAUUUAUAUAUCCUUAUAAAUUUGGAUGCUGGAAAAACUUGUCACAAGUGUUUACCUGGUCAGGCAUGCCUCAGUCUGAUGGUAUCACCUGGCCUGUCUGCGAGGGAUGUAAUCAGUACACACUCACAAUUGAACAAAUUCAACAAAAAGCCCUGAAGCGUGAAAGAACCCUUGAGUACCUGAUUGUGGCUAACUUCAGUGGAGCGUGGAUACCCCUCAACAAAGGGUGUCGGGUGUGUUUCAACAUGCCUUGUACAGACGAACCACGCAUACCAGUGGCGACUGGAGAUAAGGUCUUGGUAACCCGAUGGAAAAAACAUUGGCUGUAUGGGACAAAGCUGAUUCAAAACAAAAUAAAAUCAGGGAAGAAGAAGAGGAUUAGAGGAUGGUUUCCACGCUGUUGUGCCAAAGAGCUAGUUAUGGAUGAAUGUGAAAAUGAGGAGAUCGUAAAAAAUCACAACACAGAAAUGCCAGAACUGCAAAAACCAAAUCUAGGCAAAAAAGACAAUUAAAAGUUUCCAUGAAUUAAUUUGUUUACCUGGUGGACUACAAACAAAUAAACACUGGACUGAGAGCUUGACAAGAGAUAAGGGAAAGCAGUGUUGUAUGUGUUUGACAGGAGAUCAUGGAUUGCAUAUUUAUAUUUUUGACCAGAGAUCAAUGAUAACUGCAAUCUUGUUUCCUCAAAUUACUGUUGAUAUAACUACCUUGUGUUUGUUAGGUUCAUUUCAAAUCAAGAACAACUGCUGUAUGUGUAAGAUACUCCUCUAACCAUGGAACUGUUGUUUGUUUGAUCUCUAGUCAAAUAUGACUGCUGAGGGUGUUAGUUUGACCUCUAAAUGACUUUUAAGUGUGAUACUGUGACUUCUAACCAAGGGUGACCUCUAGGUAUGAUAGUAUGACCUCUAACCAAGAAUGACAUCUAGGUGUGGUAGUAUGACCUCUAACCAAGAAUGACAUCUAGGUGUGGUAGUAUGACCUCUAACCAAGAUGACAUCUAGGUGUGGUAGUAUGACCUCUAACCAAGAAUGACAUCUAGGUGUGCUAGUAUGACCUCUAACCAAGGGUGACAUCUAGGUGUGAUAGUAUGACCUCUAACCAAGAAUGACAUCUAGGUGUGGUAGUAUGACCUCUAACCAAGAAUGACAUCUAGGUGUGGUAGUAUGACCUCUAACCAAGAAUGACAUCUAGGUGUGGUAGUAUGACCUCUAACCCAGGGUGACAUCUAGGUGUGGUAGUAUGACCUCUAACCCAGGGUGACAUCUAGGUGUGGUAGUAUGACCUCUGACCAAGAAUGACAUCUAGGUGUGGUAGUAUGACAUCUAACCAAGGUGACAUCUAGGUGUGAUGGUAUGACCCCUAACCAAGGGUGACAUCUAGGUGUGAUGGUUUGACCUCUAACCAAGAAUGACAUCUAGGUGUGGUAGUAUGACCCCUAACCCAGCAUGACAUCUAGGUGUGAUGGUAUGACCCCUAACCAAGGGUGACAUCAAGGUGUGAUGGUAUGACCUCUAACCAAGGUGACAUCUAGGUGUGAUGGUUUGACCUCUAACCAAGGUGACAUCUAGGUGUGGUAGUAUGACCUCUAACCAAGAAUGACAUCUAGGUGUGGUAGUAUGACCUCUAACCAAGAUGACAUCUAGGUGUGGUAGUAUGACCUCUAACCAAGAAUGACAUCUAGGUGUGCUAGUAUGACCUCUAACCAAGGGUGACAUCUAGGUGUGAUAGUAUGACCUCUAACCAAGAAUGACAUCUAGGUGUGGUAGUAUGACCUCUAACCAAGAAUGACAUCUAGGUGUGGUAGUAUGACCUCUAACUAAGGAUGACAUCUAGGUGUGAUAGUAUGACCUCUAACCAAGGGUGACAUCUAGGUGUGAUGGUAUGACCUCUAACCAAGGAUGACAUCUAGGUGUGAUAGUAUGACCUCUAACCAAGGGUGACAUCUAGAUGUGAUGGUAUGACCUCUAACCAAGGGUGACAUCUAGGUGUGAUGGUAUGACCUCUAACCAAGGAUGACAUCUAGGUGUGAUGGUAUGACCCCUAACCAAGGGUGACAUCUAGGUGUGAUAGUAUGACCUCUAACCAAGGAUGACAUCUAGGUGUGAUAGUAUGACCUCUAACCAAGGAUGACAUCUAGGUGUGAUGGUAUGACCCCUAACCAAGGGUGACAUCUAGGUGUGAUAGUAUGACCUCUAACCAAGGAUGACAUCUAGGUGUGAUAGUAUGACCUCUAACCAAGGGUGACAUCUAGGUGUGGUAGUAUGACCUCUAACCAAGGAUGACAUCUAGGUGUGAUGGUUUGACCUCUAACAAAUGUGACAUCUAGGUGUGAUAGUAUGACGUCUAACCAAGGGUGAAAUCUAGGUGUGAUGGUUUGACCUCUAACCAAGGUUGACUUCUUAUUUGGGUACAAUUUAGAUUUGACCUCGUAAGUUUCAGCAAUUAAAUCCUUGGUAAGAGGAGGGAGAAAAUAUUGAAUUGUGUUUGUACCUAUGUGUAGGUGUCUGAAUUACCAGUCAGAACCUUACUAGAAAGUUGUAUUUCCCAUCGUCUAUAACUCUUAAAUGAUGUACUCAGUAACUAAUAGUUCAUACCUUGGCAACUUCUUUUGUCACUUACUUCACUAAAUUUGUUCAAACUGUUCAGUCCCUAAGUAACCAGUUGGGCUAAUUCCUGGUAAUAUCUAGAACUACUAAAGAUAUGCAUACAUUUGUUAUCAUCUCUGCUGCAUGAUAAUAGGAUCUAUUGUUCUUGUGGAUCCCCAUGAAAGUAAACAAGAUAUUGUGUUGAAUGAUGAAUGGUAUGAUAAGUGUCAAGAUAUGUCAGAUCUCCACAAAAUUUAGUUUACAUUUCACUUCUCCAGACAUGGAGGACAACAUAAUCAUUAGUAUCUUCUAUAUCUUCGGAAUCUUUCCAAUUUUUAUAAUAUUAAAAAGUAGACAUCAGAUUGCCAAAAAUUGAUACGGUGGAGUCAGUAUGAUUAUGUACCAGACCCAUUAUGUGUUAGGAAAGGUUCCUCAAUGUUUACACAAGAAACUUGGUGUUCUUGUAUAGAAAACCAUAUGGAAAUAUGUUAUGAGAAAAUGCAAUCUGUAUGAGCAGUUACAUAAACCUUGAACACCAUUUUGGGGAUGACUGAAACAAGUGAUGCAACAAAUAAUUACUGGGGGAUGAAAUUACUGAAACUGAAGAACAAAAGAAAAUAUCUUGCAGAUUUAUGUUUAGAAAUGCCAUAGUGAUAUAGAGCUAAAACUUUCCCCAUGUUUCUCUUCAUUUAAAUUCACAGUCAGCUAUGAUAAAUGUGUUUGUGAAGUAUUCUAGUUUGAUUAGGUCACAUGCUAUCCUGAUUUGGAUAGCCUUGAACUGAUCUGUUUUACAUUUUUUGUAUUAAUUUAUAAAAAGAUACUGUUUUAUACAUGUAAAUAUUGUUUUGUAUACUAACUAGUUCAUUGAGCAUUAGAACAGAACUUUGUGAUUCUGUAUAUUUCAGAGAUCAAUUCAAUUUUGCUAUUCAUAUUUGCAGAAUUUGUAUUAAGUAGGAGACAAAGGUUCUAAUAUAUGAAUAUAUAUUAUUUACUAUAAUAUCAAAUGAGUUUACACAUUAUUGCUUAUUAGCUGUCACAAUUAUAAUGUUACAACAUAGUACUGUUGAGCAUAGACAAGCUCUCAUUUUAGACUGUUACAAAUUUGUUAAUGAUGUAAAGAGAAGAUUUUUUUUCAGACUAUUUGUAGUAUAAUAUAGGCUUCUUUCAUAAUAUUCUGUAUCUUCUGUUAGCAGCUAUUAGCUAAUUAGCAGUUCAGUUUAGUCUUCAGUAUACAACUUUGCAAUGACUUCUGUUAUCAACAAUUAGACAUGAAAUGCAACCAUUGUCCUAAAUUAGUAAGAAUAAUAAUUUAGGUGAUAUAGAGUCCACUGUAAGGCAUAUUAAGUCUAUUUCAGAUGUGAUUUGUGUAUGUUGUAACGUUCAGUGACCCUGGCUAUUAAUAGACCGUUAAACAAAAUAAACCAAACAUGUUGUUAAUAUUUCCAACCCCACUCCUGUCAGUGGUAAAUACCGUGAAUCAUUAGCAGCUAUCAAUAGUUUUACCCCAUCAUCCAGGUAAUGUUUCAAGGGAAAGAAUAUUUAAAAUAACUUAAGUAAACCAAUCGGCUACUAAUUUUUAAUUGGAAGAAAAUGUAGAGAUGACAAGGUUAUUGGCGCUUUUAUGUCAAUAUUCUGACGUAAGCAGCACAUACAAUUUUAUGUUAGAAUAUGUGUGCAAUAUUUAAGCAUUGAUG